AUGGCUGACGAGUUCGAGACGAUCCGUCGCUUGCAGCAGGAGCGCAAUGUCGUGAACGCCGGUCCCAAGAAGGAGGAUGGUCAGCGUACGGAGACGAGCAAGGUGUCUCUCAGUUCCGCUGGAGAGGUUUACGACACGGAUAUCUACAACUCGUCGAAGAGCAAGUUCGAGGGGUACGAUACCUCAAUUGGUGUCGGUGGAGACGAUGAUAUGGAUUUGGACGGUGGUGAAGACAAUACCAGACGGCUUGUUGGGCAGUACACAGCGCCAAAGGCUUUUCUGAACGAGUACGUGGAAGAGGAUGCGCCAGAUCUCAUUACUGCGCGCCAGGAGGGCAAGCAGAUCCAGGACAGACAAGGCGACUACCAGAACCGUCGCUUCGACCGCGAGCUGUCGCCAACCCGUCAAGACGCCUUCACGGGCAAUGGAGAGGAAGGGAGAAGUUAUGCGGAAGUGAUGAAGCAAGCUGAACUGGAACGUGAGGAGCAGCGUGUGUUGAGAGAGAUCGAGCGCAGACGGCAGGAGGGCACACUGGAGGAUCAUGUGGGGCGACCGGUGCACAGCGAGGCGAACUUGAAGGAGGAGGCGUCAGAGGAGAAACCUGCGAAGAAGAGGAGAUGGGAUGUCGGGGGUCCGACCGAGUCAGCGGAGGAGCCGAAGAAGUCAUCCUGGGCCGAUGUGGAUGAGACGCCUCGUACCACAAAGCGUUCCAGAUGGGACCAGACGCCGGCACCUAUGGGUAUUGUACCAAGUGCCAUUGGCAGUGAAACCCCCGUUGGCAAACGCUCACGAUGGGACCAGACACCUGCUCCUGGACAGACUCUCGGAGCUACUCCUGCCGGUGCAGGUGCCGCCCAGACUCCCUUCGGUGCCCUUGUCGCUCAAAGUGCGAUUUCUGACGAGGAUUUGGAUGAGAUGCUGCCCAAGGAAGGCUACAGAAUUUUGGAGCCGCCACCGGGUUACAUGCCUAUCCGGACACCUGUUCGUAAGCUCAUGGCGACACCGGCUGGUCCCGGUGGUUUUGUGAUGCAGGAGGUUGAUCCUACGGCUGGUAUGCAACAAGCAAAAGCCCUGCCUACUGAGAUCCCUGGUGUUGGUGAUUUGGCAUUCUUCAAGCAGGAGGAUAUGAAGUACUUUGGGAAGCUCAUGGAUUCGAGGGAGGAGGGCGAUAUGUCUAUGGAGGAGCUGAAGGAGAGGAAGAUUAUGCGGCUUUUGCUCAAGGUGAAGAACGGAACGCCGCCGAUGAGGAAGACUGCUCUUAGGCAGUUGACUGAUAAGGCGCGUGAGUUUGGUGCAGCGGCGUUGUUUAACCAGAUUCUGCCGUUGCUCAUGGAGCGCACUCUUGAGGACCAGGAGCGUCAUUUGCUCGUGAAGGUCAUUGACCGUAUUCUCUACAAGCUCGAUGAUCUUGUUCGUCCUUUUACGCAUAAGAUUCUUGUCGUUAUCGAGCCGCUUCUCAUCGAUGAGGACUACUAUGCACGUGUUGAGGGGCGUGAGAUUAUCAGUAACCUUGCCAAGGCAGCUGGUCUUGCUCACAUGAUCUCCACCAUGCGACCUGAUAUUGAUCACGUCGAUGAGUAUGUCCGUAAUACCACCGCGCGUGCUUUCGCUGUCGUGGCCUCUGCUCUUGGUAUCCCGGCGCUCUUGCCUUUCCUUCGUGCUGUCUGCAGAAGUAAGAAAUCAUGGCAAGCUCGCCACACCGGUGUCAAGAUCGUGCAGCAAAUCGCUAUUCUCAUGGGUUGCGCUAUCUUGCCUCACCUCAAGAAUCUUGUGGAUUGUAUCGCAAAUGGUCUGGAAGAUGAGCAACAGAAGGUCCGUACCAUCACUGCUCUCGCAACUGCUGCUCUUGCUGAGGCUGCUGCGCCAUAUGGUAUCGAGUCCUUUGAUUCAGUCUUGAAGCCUCUCUGGACUGGUAUUCGCAAGCACCGCGGAAAGGGUCUUGCAGCUUUCUUGAAGGCUAUUGGAUACAUCAUUCCGCUCAUGGAUGCUGAAUAUGCCAAUUACUACACUAAGGAGGUUAUGAUUAUCUUGAUUCGCGAGUUCCAGUCUCCUGAUGAAGAGAUGAGGAAGAUCGUGCUGAAGGUGGUGCAGCAGUGCUCUGCCACUGAGGGUGUUUCACCAGGGUACCUGAAGGAAGAGGUCUUGCCAGAUUUUUUCCGGAACUUCUGGACUAGGAGGAUGGCUGCUGAUAAGCGAAUGGCUUCUCAGGUUAUCGAAACCACCGUAGAACUCGCACAGAAAGUCGGUGCCGCGGAGGUUGUUGAGCGCGUAGUGGAUCACCUCAAAGAUGAGAACGAGAUGUUCCGUAAAAUGGUUGUCGAAACCAUUGAGAAGGUCAUCGCUGGUCUUGGUGCUGCCGACGUCAGCGAGAAGCUCGAGGAGAGAUUGAUUGAUGGUGUUCUCUAUGCUUUCCAGGAGCAAACUACCGAAGGCGACAACAUCAUGUUGAACGGCUUUGGAACCGUUGUCAAUGCUCUUGGCACUCGUUGCAAGUCCUACCUUCCUCAGAUUGUAUCUACUAUCCUUUGGCGUUUGAACAACAAAUCUGCCAAGGUCCGUCAGCAGUCCGCAGACUUGAUUUCUCGCAUUGCGGUCGUCAUGAAGCAGUGCGGUGAGGAGGCCCUCAUGGGAAAGCUCGGAGUUGUUCUGUACGAGUACCUUGGAGAGGAGUACCCCGAGGUCCUCGGAUCAAUCCUUGGAGCUUUGAAGUCCAUUGUCAACGUCGUCGGUAUGACCUCCAUGACUCCUCCAAUUAAGGACUUGUUGCCUCGACUUACACCCAUUCUUCGUAACCGUCACGAGAAGGUGCAGGAGAACACUAUCGACCUUGUGGGACGUAUCGCUGAUCGUGGCUCUGAGUUCGUCAGUGCACGUGAGUGGAUGCGUAUCUGUUUCGAGUUGUUGGAUAUGUUGAAGGCGCACAAGAAGGGUAUUCGUCGUGCUGCUGUCAACACCUUCGGUUACAUUGCCAAGGCGAUCGGACCUCAGGAUGUGUUGGCUACGUUGUUGAAUAACUUGAAGGUGCAGGAGCGUCAGAACCGUGUUUGUACCACCGUUGCCAUCGCGAUUGUCGCGGAAACUUGUGCCCCCUUCACUGUCUUGCCCGCAUUGAUGAACGAGUACCGUGUUCCUGAGCUCAACGUUCAGAACGGUGUAUUGAAGUCUCUGUCUUUCCUGUUCGAGUACAUUGGAGAGUUGGCGAAGGACUACGUCUACGCUGUGACGCCCUUGUUGGAGGAUGCGCUUACCGACCGUGACCAAGUGCACCGUCAGACUGCUGCUACUACCAUCAAGCACAUGGCUUUGGGAUGUGUUGGUCUUGGCGUUGAGGAUGCCAUGCUUCAUCUUCUCAACCUGCUCUGGCCUAACAUUCUGGAGACGUCUCCUCACGUCAUCAAUGCAGUAACGGAUGCCAUCGAUGCUAUCCGUACUUGCAUUGGGCCUGGUGUUAUGCUCAUGUACCUUCUCCAGGGUCUUUUCCAUCCAGCCAGGAAAGUCCGUGAGGUGUACUGGAAGCUCUGGAAUAAUGCCUACGUUCAGCAAGCUGACGCGAUGAUUCCCUACUUCCCGAAUGUUGAGGAUGAGGAACGCCCUGCCGCGCAGUUUGGGCAAACAGUCAAGAACACUUACCAGAGGCACGAGCUUAUGAUUAUGUUGUAA